GGAAAAUGGCGGCCACGGCGGCGGUAGCGGCGGCUUCGGAAAACGCCGGCGGUAAAAUGGAGGAGCCGGCGGCGGGGGCGGCAGCAGCAGCGGCCUCCGCGGCGGCGACGGCAGCAGCGGCGGCUCCGCCACCGCCUAACGGGGCAGGCGGUGCCGGGGAUGCGCCACCCAAGAGUGAAGGUGAACGACCAAGCCAAAAUGAAAAAAGAAAAGAGAAAAGUGUCAAAAGAGGAGGAAAUCGCUUUGAGCCAUAUGCUAAUCCUGCUAAGAGAUACCGAGCUUUUAUUACAAAUAUUCCCUUUGAUGUGAAGUGGCAGUCUCUGAAAGACCUGGUCAAAGAGAAAGUUGGUGAGGUAACAUACGUGGAGCUCUUAAUGGACGCUGAAGGAAAGUCAAGGGGAUGCGCUGUUGUUGAAUUCAAGAUGGAAGAAAGCAUGAAAAAGGCUGCAGAGGUUUUGAACAAGCAUAGUCUUGGUGGAAGACCAUUGAAAGUGAAAGAAGUAAGACGUGCAUCUGUUCUUUCAGAUCCUGACGGCGAACACGCCAGGAGAGCGAUGCAGAAGGUCAUGGCAGCAGCUGGUGGAAUGGGUAUUGGUCCAGGCCCGGGCGGCCCUGGCAUGAUCAAUAUCCCACCCAGCAUCCUCAACAAUCCCAACAUACCCAACGAGAUCAUUCAUGCCCUACAGGCAGGGAGGCUUGGGAGCACUGUCUUUGUUGCUAAUUUGGAUUACAAAGUUGGUUGGAAGAAGCUGAAAGAAGUCUUCAGCAUGGCCGGCGUCGUGGUUCGGGCUGACAUAUUAGAAGACAAAGAUGGCAAAAGUCGUGGGAUCGGCACCGUCACUUUCGAGCAAGCUAUAGAGGCUGUUCAGGCUAUAUCGAUGUUUAAUGGGCAGCUGCUGUAUGACAGACCGAUGCAUGUAAAAAUGGAUGAACGAGCCUUUCCCAAAGGAGACUUCUUCCCUCCAGAGCGACCCCAACAGCUCCCUCAUGGUCUUGGUGGUAUUGGCAUGGGAUUAGGACCUGGAGGUCAACCUAUUGAUGCAAAUCAUUUAAACAAAGGCAUGGGAAUGGGCAACAUGGGACCUGGAGGAAUGGGAAUGGAAGGCAUGGGCUUUGGAAUGAAUAAAAUGGGAGGAAUGGAAGGUCCUUUUGGCGGCAUGGAAAACAUCGGUCGCUUCCCAGCUGGGAUGAACAUGGGCAGAAUGAGCGACGUCAUGAAGAAAAGAUCAAACCUAACAUUUUCAGAGAUGGAUCGUGCCAUGGGUGGAGGAUUUGAAAGAGAAUUUGGAAGAAAUGAAAUGGGAAUGUCUCGUAGUUUUGGAGAGACUUUGGAGAGAGGAAUAGGUGGUGGAAAUGCCAGCAUUCCUGGGAUUGAGAGGAUGGCACCUGGCAUUGAUCGUAUGGGCUCGGGAAUAGAAAGAAUACCCUCUGGGAUGGGACACGGGAUGGAAAGAGUAGGGUCAGAAAUAGACAGGAUGGGGCUUGUUUUGGAUCGGAUGAGCUCCAACGUGGAGAGAAUGGGGUCAGGGAUCGAUCGAAUGGCCCCUCUGGGCAUAGAUCACAUCGCUCCUAACAUCGAGAGGAUGGGCCCCGCUAUCGAGAGGAUGGGCUCUGGCAUUGAGAGGAUGGGCUCUGGCAUAGGCUUCGGUAUCGAGAGGAUGGGCGCCGCCAUCGACCGCGUCGGCACCACCAUGGACAGGAUGGGGUCAGGUGUAGAACGUAUGGGCUCUGGCAUGGAGAGGAUGGGGAUAGGGAUGGAGAGGAUGGUCCCUGCUGGAAUGGGAACUGGAAUGGGGCAGGUGAUAGAGAGGAUGCCAGCUGGUUUGGAUCGUAUAGGUGCCACCCCUAUGGAAAGGAUAGGGAUAGAUCGUAUGGGCGCUGCUGGCAUGGAGAGGAUGGGCUUGGAGCGCAUCGGAGCCACUAAUAUGGAGAGAAUGGGUCCUGCUAUGGGGCAGGGCAUGGGAGCAGGCAUAGAUCGAAUGGGACUUGCAAUGGGAAGCAAUUUUGAAAGAACGAUGGACAUGGAACGUGGAAACUUUGCAGGCAAUUUUGCAGGCUCCCUUGGAGGAACUGGAGGACCUGCAGCUGGGGUGGCCAGAAAAGCCUGUCAGAUAUUUGUGAGAAACCUGCCUUUUGAUUUUACAUGGAAAAUGCUGAAAGAUAAAUUUAAUGAAUGUGGCCACGUGCUGUAUGCUGAUAUCAAGAUGGAAAAUGGGAAGUCCAAAGGCUGUGGUGUGGUUAGAUUUGAGUCCCCAGAAGUGGCGGAGCGAGCCUGCCGCAUGAUGAACGGGAUCCAGCUCCGCGGGAGGGAGAUCGACGUGCGAAUCGAUAGAAACGCUUAAGUAGUUGCCUUUUUAACACACAGAUAUACCAGAUUUUUUGAAUUUGUAUUUUUUCCUUGUUAACCAUUUUAAUUUGACUGGAUGUAAAGGUGUUUAAAAACAAUUCAGUUGCUUUCUGGAGUAAUUUUAAUUACUUUUUUAACAAAUGGAUUUCCAUUUUACUGUUUUUUGCAUUGAAACGGCAAUGUGCACAAUCUUUUUUUGUAGUUGUGGCAUCUUGUUGACAUUACAGAUGUAAACAGUAUGACUUUGAUAAUAAAUGCAAGUUAAAGAUUUCAA